GCGAGGCAGAAGUUCAUUCGGUCUAACCAUUUCAGUUUCACUUCAGCUUGGCCUGUAAUCGCGCGUGUCCAACUCGGCGCCUCGUUUCAAAUUAUAUCAUCGGAAACGGAACGUUCGAUAAAUAUCGUAAAGUUCGAUUAAAUUUUUUUUCGACACGAGACAACUAAUUUAUUUCGACAUUUUCGUUUUGAAGCGCGGGAGGCUUUCCAUUAGUGGGAGAAAGGAAUUGUUUGCUUUUCUACGACCGCAGCUGGCUGGAGAAAGGAAGCCGGCCGGGGAUCAACAUUAACAUCGACAAGAGAAAAUGGGUUACGGCACGGAAAUGGAUGGCUGUGGUCGCUUCGUAAAAUAUUCCUUAUUCUUUACGAAUCUCGUUAUCUUCAUUGGCGGGAUUAUCGUAACAGGUUUAGGUGUGUGGGCCUUAAUCGACAAAGUGCCAUGGAUGAGUGAACUCGUGGGAAACGAUCUGUUAACGGGCUCAGUUUACGUUUUACUGGUUGGCGGAAUCGUCGUGGCCUUAAUUGCUUUCUUCGGAUGCGCCGGUGCAUCGUGCGAAGUCAAAUGUAUGCUCUUGACAUAUUUCAUAAUUGUAUUUUUGCUAUUCGUGACCAUGCUUAUUGGCGGCGUGCUGGGAUAUGUUUUCCGCGAGAAAUUGCUGAACACGGUUGACAGAGAGAUGAAGAGUUCGCUCCGACUUUACGAUCAUCGCAGAUCCAUCCGCGAUGCCUGGGACGCCACGCAAUCGACGCUCCACUGUUGCGGCGUCAACAGCUGGAGGGACUGGGGAAACGUCGGCCUUAACGUGCCGGAGAGCUGCUGUCGAGAAGUUCAACCGGGCCAGACCAAUUCGCAGCGAUUCAACUGCAACGCUGCCUCGGACUCGGUAAAUCCCUCGAAUGCUUACGUGGAGGGUUGCAUCAAUGGAACGCGAAUCUACUUGCAGCAGCACGCCGCCGUUAUGGGCGGCGCCGGUAUUGCAGUCGCAUGCCUCAUGUUCUUUGGAAUGAUAUUCUCCUGCGCGCUCUUUAAAAUGAUCGAAUGACAGCAGGAGAGAUCUAUAGUUUGAGGCUGUCUCCGUUCUUGUGACGAAAGACGGAGAGGUAGCGAAUCUUCGAAAUCCUGAGGAGACUUACGCAAUUUUCCCAAUCGACGAAAUUACUCGUUGUUACAAGCGCACCUGAUUAUACCGUGAUAAUCAAAAAAACGAAUCUCGAUCUAAUUGUACAGUUUUCUCGCUAAUCUGUUACGUGCAAUUAAUGUUACACAUCUCAUGAUUACCAUCUUGCUCUUUCCAUUUUAGAUGUAAUUUAUAUAUAUUUAAGAUGUCUUUAUUUAGUUGCAUAUAUCAUUAGUAUGAUAAUGCAUCAUGUACCUUAUAUAUGUGCCGUAUAAAUGCGUUUAUUAUACAUUUAUAUAAACUUUUCAAUAAUUAUUAUCGAUUUAUAUGUAUAUCGAAGGAAGCAACAAAAAUCAAUUUUUCAAUGAUCGUUCAUAUCUAAAUCAUACACGAACAGUUAUAUCGUGGCCUGUAUUACAUGGUUUACUUAUUAACGAACAAUAUAUUUAAAUUCUGUUAUAA